CAAAGUGCAUUUCUCUACCUCAAGACAGAGUCAUAAAAACAGAAGCUUUCAGAACCAUCUCAGAGAAGAUGUUUAAAUCACUAAUGAUAAAAUCCAACAAGGUGAAGCCUAAAGAGGAGAACAAUGAGAGUAAACAAGGUCCUGAUCCAAGCAAUCAGCCUCAACAAUCCACAAGACAGGGAGAAAACAAAAAUGAAAAGAAAUCUCUCCAAACCAAGAUGACUCCAGUCGCAUUUGAAGAGUCACACACCAAAAUACAAGAUAAAAUCUCUGAGAAAAAUUCACUCAAAGAUCUGACCACAACCCCUGACCAUCAAAAUCCAACAGAAUCAAAGGGGACGAUGCCAGAGCAGAAGGAAAUGGAAACUGGGAAAGAAGGUCUAGUCAGCAAACCACAUGAAGCCCCUGUUAUAAAUGAGUAUGCUGAUGCCCAGCUACACAACUUGGUGAGAAGGAUGCGUCAAAGAACAAUCCUCUACAAGAAAAAGUUGGCAGAAGGAGAUAUAUCCUCACCUGAAGCCAGCCCCCAAACUGCAAAGCCCACAGCUGUACCAUCAACACAAGAAAGCAGUGCUAAGCUAAAAGAAGAACAUUACUAUCACAUAUUGUGUUUUAAAUUCCAGAAGAUGCCUCUGACAGAGUAUCUAAAGCAAAUUAGACUUCCAAGAAGCAUAGAUUCAUACACAGAUCGACUCUAUCUCCUGUGGCUCUUGCUUGUCACCACUGCCUAUAACUGGAACUGCUGGCUUAUACCACUGCGCCUUGUCUUUCCAUAUCAAACACCAGACAACACACGCUACUGGUUUAUUACAGACAUCAUAUGUGAUAUCAUCUACCUUUGUGAUAUGCUAUUAAUCCAGCCCAGACUCCAGUUUAUAAAAGGAGGAAACAUAAUAGUGGAUUCAAAUGAGUUAAAGACACACUACAGGAGUUCUACAAAAUUUCAGCUGGAUGUUGCAUCAAUAAUGCCAUUUGAUGUUUUCUACGUCUUCUUUGGGUUUAAUCCAAUAUUUAGGGCAAAUAGGAUAUUAAAGUACACUUCAUUUUUCGAGUUUAAUCAUCACCUAGAGUCUAUAAUGGACAAGGCAUAUAUCUACAGAGUCAUUCGAACAACUGGAUACUUGCUGUUUACUCUGCACAUUAAUGCCUGUAUUUAUUACUGGGCUUCAGACUAUGAAGGAAUUGGAACUACUAAAUGGGUGUAUGAUGGUGAAGGAAACAAGUACCUGAGAUGCUAUUACUGGGCCGUUCGAACUUUAAUUACUAUUGGGGGCCUUCCAGAACCACAAACAUCAUUUGAAAUUGUUUUUCAACUGGUGAAUUUUUUUUCUGGAGUUUUUGUGUUCUCCAGCUUAAUUGGUCAGAUGCAAGAUGUAAUUGGAGCAGCUACAGCCAAUCAGAGCAACUUCCGAAACAGCAUGGAUCAUACCAUUUCCUACAUGAAUACUUAUUCCAUUCCUAAGAGUGUGCAGAAGCGGGUUCGGACUUGGUAUGAAUAUACAUGGGAUUCUCAAAGAAUGCUAGAUGAGUCAGAUCUGAUCAGUACACUGCCUGUCACCAUGCAGUUAGCCCUCACCGUGGAUAUGAACCUCAGCAUCAUCAGCAAAGUCGACUUGUUCAAGGGUUGUGAUACACAAAUGAUAUAUGACAUGUUGCUAAGAUUGAAAUCCACUGUUUAUUUACCUGGUGACUUUGUCUGCAAAAAGGGAGAAAUUGGCAAGGAAAUGUAUAUCAUCAAGCAAGGAGAAGUCCAAGUUCUUGGAGGCUCUGAUGGUGCUCAAGUUCUGGUUACUCUGAAAGCUGGAGCAGUGUUUGGAGAAAUCAGCCUUCUAGCAGCAAGAGGAGGAAACCGUCGAACUGCCAAUGUGAUAGCCCAUGGGUUUGCCAAUCUUUUAACUCUGGACAAAAAGACCCUCCAAGAAAUUCUAGUGCAUUAUCCAGAUUCUGAAAAGCUCCUCAUGAAGAAAGCCAGUGUGCUUCUAAAGAAGAAGGCUCCAGGCACAGAGGAAUCCCCUCCAAGAAAAGGACUUGCUUUUCUCUUCCAACCAAAACAAAAGACACCCAAAAUGUUUAAAGCUCUCCUGGGAGGCACAGGAAAAGCAGGUCUUACAAGACUACUCAAAAUGAAGAGGGAACAAACCAUCCAGGAAAAAAGUGAAAACUCCAAAGAAGGAGAGGGUAAAGGAAGAGAAUAUGAAGAUAAAGGAAGAGAACCAGUAGAGAAAACACAGGACAGCUCCGAAUGUAGAGCAAAUUCUGUUACAGCAGAGGAAAUGCCCCAGUCAAUUAGAAGGGCAGCUUUACCCAGAGGAACUACUCGUCAAUCACUCAUCAUCAGUAUGGCUCCUUCUACAGAGGCUGGGGAAGAAGUUCUGAUGAUUGAAGUUAAAGAAAAGGCUAAACAAUAAGUGUUUGAUUACCUUUAGAUGUAAUCUAGCUAAUUCCCAAAGAGAUUGUACCCAGGA